AUGCCGCUCUCUAGCUUCAGCUUGAACUACGGAAAUGUCGGGUUCGUGUUGCACAGUGUGGUCGAAGUGCCUGCCUGUCUCAAUUUCUUCCUCUUCCCGUCCGACCAGCUAGGACGUGAAAGCCCCCAUGCUCACGCGGUGGUGCGGCAAUAUGCCGUGCUGCUCUUCAGCUCGGUGCUCGUGGCCGUGGCUUUUGUCGGACGACCCGUGGAUGACCUCUCCGGCAGAGUGGCCGCCGCGUUGGCCCUCUAUCAUAUUGCGCCUUCGGUACGGUCGCUGGCCAGGCUGACGAGACAGGCACAGUUGCGACAGCCACUCGUGCUGUCAGAAGCUUUUCUCUAUCUGAUAGUACACGCACUAUGUGGCGCUGCUUUGCUUCAUCACUUCAUCACCGCGAUAUACAAUUCAUGA